AAACGUUGCCAGUCGUCAUUGCAAUGUUUGUAAACCUGAAUUUUGGAAGCUGGAUGUUUCUAAUCCCAACGGAUGUCAGCCGUGUAAUUGUAAUACAAAUGGAACAACAAAUGAAAGCAAUGUUUGUGACAUGGUUACUGGUCAGUGUUCUUGCAAUGCAAAUGUUAUGGGUCGUGUUUGUGGAGAAUGCAAGGAUGGAUUCUAUGGUCUCAAUAGUGCCAAUGUGAAUGGGUGUUUGCCAUGUAAGUGUGACGUAGGAGGCUCCCUAAACUAUGUGUGUAACAAGAUCAGUGGUCAGUGUUUGUGUCGUUCUGGCCUCACUGGUCGUGAUUGUUCACACGUGGUACCGGGGACAUUCUUGCCACCUGUUGAUUAUAAUCGAUAUGAAGCAGAACUUGCUGGAGGAUCGGCAACGCCUGUCUCGUUUGUUGAUGGUGUGGGUAGAGUGUUUACUCACACCGGGUACGCAGCUGCACAGAGUAAUGAUUCAGUGAUAUUCUUAUCAGUCACUGUUCCAAGAAGUGGAUUGUAUCAAGUUGUUAUUCGUUACACCUACAACAGUAUUUCUUCCUGGUCAUAUGCACAGUUGACAGUUACGCCAGAUCUUGCCGUGGGCAGUGGAACUGAUCCCAAUUGUAUUGAAGUGACAUCUGCAAUGACAGCUGACAUUUUUAAUCUUACUUCUGGAGAUGAUGUUGCAUUUGUUCUACCAUCUCAUUUGUGCUUACGUGAACUGAGGAACUAUUCAGUUGACCUCAGUCUUGGUUCAUCAGGAAGUGGACACGAUUCUGUUAUUCAAAUUGACUCUCUAGUUGUCAUACCAGUUGUUAACGAUUUUGCUGUUUUUCAAAACAACUCACAGCUGUUGACAUCUUACAUGAAUGCUGGCUGUGUAGAGGUGCGUUAUACAGUUCAAGGUGGUUUGAAUGAGGACAGUACAUGUCAAAGUAUUAGUAUGAGUGUAUCAGCGCAACUCUACAAUGGUUCUUUGAGUUGCAGCUGUAAUGAUCACACUAGUAUUAAUGGUGCAAUUUGCAACAACUACACUGGACAGUGUAAUUGUCAGUCUGGCAUCUUUGGCAGAACAUGUGACAGUUGUUUACCUGGUUAUCAUUCUUUGAGUUCUAGUGGUUGCAUUAACUGUGGUUGCAAUUCCAUUGGCUCUUUGAGUUCUGUUUGUGACGCAUCUACGGGUCAGUGUUUGUGUGCGUCAGCCAACAUAGAGGGACAACAGUGUGACAGCUGCAUAGUAGAUCACUUUGGUUUCAACACCACUGAUGGUUGUCAAGCAUGUAAUUGCAACACAACUGGCUCAACUGCUUUACAGUGUGACGACAUGGGACAGUGUGAUUGCAAAAAUGGCACAUCUGGAUUGAAUUGUCAUAGGUGCCUUUCAACUCACUACAACUUUACUGAUGAAGGUUGUACUGCCUGUAGUUGCAACAUUGCAGGUUCAACCGCAGCCAACUGUUCAGAGAGUGGCCAGUGCUUUUGUAAAGCUAAUGUCAAUGGUCUCCAGUGUGAAUUUUGCAAUGCUCGUUUCUACAAUUUGGAUAAUGGAAAUCAUGAAGGGUGUCAACCUUGUUUUGGCUACGGAUGGUCAAUUGACUGCACAUCAGCUAGUGGGUAUGCAAGAAACACGGUGUUAGCACAGUUCGGUCACGAUGAUGGAUGGAAGGUUGUGAGAAAUGAUACAGGGGCUGAUAUCACAACACUUGUGAGUUUAGUGGCUGCCGGAGGCCGAACUGUACGAAGUCAAAACAUUAUGGCUGACCUAUAUUUAGAAGCACCAGCUAAAUACUUGGGGAAUCGAUUAGCUUCAUACGCACAAAGUUUAACAAUCGUGUUACGACUUAUUUCAGAUCUUCCUGGGGCAAAGCCCAGUGGUCCAGACAUCAUACUAGAUAGUAAUGAUGGGUAUAGGAUAACUCUUGAGCUGAAUCCUGCUCCAUCUACAAACUUUGAAACGUACCGUAUGCAGCUGGACACAAGUGCAGGUUGGCAGUCUCAAGUAGCUGGUGUUUUUCAUCAUGCUACUGCAUUUGAAAUACAGAGAGUGCUAGUUGAUUUGAGUCGACUAGCUAUUCGGGCUGUCUAUGAUGUCAAUGUAGUAACUGUCUUUUUGGAUGUAACUCUGGAGGUGGCAGUUUCAUCUGCAAUGUCUGAUGUGACUUGGGUGGAAAAUUCAACAUGUCCAGUGAGAUUUACUGGUACACUUUGUGAGGCUUGUGCAUCUGGUUAUACUCGUGCAGUACCUGGUGGUAGCUCGUACCUUGAUUGCAUUGUAUGCAAUUGCAGUGGUCAUUCAACAUCGUGUGACCCACAAAGUGGUGUUUGUAGUUCAUGUCAAAACAACACAACAGGUGACCAUUGUGAACUUUGCAUGGAAGGGUUUUACGAGAGUGCAGCAGGUGAAUGCUUUCCAUGUCCAUGUCCACUUGUGUCUGGUCGUGGCCAGUUUACAAAGUCUUGUCAGCUGCAGGGAGGAAAUGUUGUCUGUUUUGGUUGUCCAGAUGGUCAUGUUGGUGACGACUGUGGUCAAUGUGAUUCGGGAUACUUUGGCAAUCCUCUUGUUGGGAUCGCUUGUUCUAACUGUUCGUGUAGUGGGAACGUUGACACUUCUGAUCCAGGCAGUUGCAACAUGACAACUGGAGAAUGCUUGAAGUGUUUAUAUCAUACUGAUGGACCAUUGUGUGCAGUAUGUGCAAUUGGUUUCUAUGGCAGUGCAUUUGCCAGAAAUUGCACAGAGUGUGAGUGUGGUGUGGGUGCUGCUGACGAUGAUUGUCAACCAAACGGCCAGUGUAUUUGUAGAGUAGGCGCAGCAGGACUGAAAUGUGACUCAUGUCAAGAGGAGUCUUUUGGACUUUCUGCUAAUGGCUGUGACUCAUGCAAUUGCCAUCCACUAGGAUCUACCAGCCUACAGUGCAACCUUACUACAGGGAUGUGCUCUUGUAAGCCAGGUGUUGGAGGAGACAAAUGUAACGAAUGCCUUCUUGGCUUCUACAACUUUAGCAGUUUAGGGUGCAGUGCUUGUGACUGCCAUUCAUUUGGGUCAUUGAAUGUUCAGUGCAAUGUAAGUACAGGUCAGUGUCCAUGUACACCUGGUUCAGAAGGACGACAGUGUGACACAUGUAAAAGUGGUUUCUUUAAUGUAUCCGAGGGCUGCUUGGCUUGUCAGUGUAAUGGUCACUCCAACAUAUGUGAUGUUAUAUCUGGUGUAUGCUCUGGCUGUCAAGGCAACACUAAAGGUGAUCAUUGUGAGCAGUGUUCUGAUGGCUACUUUGGAGAUGCUUUGAAUGGUACACCUACUGACUGUCAGCCUUGUCCAUGUCCCGGUACUACCACUGCAACCAGAUUUAGUGAGGAGUGUGAAGCGAAAAGGGAUGGAAAUGCACGGUGUGCUGACUGCAGUGAAGGUCAUGGUGGAGACCGGUGUGAAUUCUGCAUUGAUGCUUACUUUGGGGAUCCUCUGGGUGCUCUUGGUAAUGUGACUCCUUGUGUAAAGUGUGAUUGCUCGGGCAAUGUGAACGAGUCAGCAUUGGGAAAUUGCAAUAACCUGACCGGAAUAUGUUCACAGUGUCUAUACAACACAGAUGGUGAUCACUGUGAACUGUGUGCAGAUGGUUACUAUGGAAAUGCGCUAACACGUAACUGCACAGCAUGUUCUUGUCAUCCUGUUGGUGCUGCUGAUGUUGUUUGUAUUGAACCAGAUGGAAGCUGUUUCUGUAGGCCAAAUGUAAUGCAACCAAAGUGUGAUCACUGUAGACCUGGUUAUUAUAAUUUGACUACGACUGGCUGUCAAGACUGUUCAUGUGAUCCCAAUGGCUCACAGUCUCAUACCUGUAAUGAGAUUUCUGGUGUUUGUUCAUGCCUCUCUGGUAUUGGAGGAGACAAAUGCGACCGAUGCAGACCAGGUUUUUAUGGAUUCAGCAACAGUGGCUGUUCCGCAUGUGAUUGUUUUCCAAGUGGGUCAAAUGGUGCAGAGUGUGAUCAAGUGACAGGGCAGUGUAUUUGCAAAGAAACUGCAACAGGUCGUCGGUGUGACACUUGUCAUGAUGGAUUCUUUAGUGAUGACUGCAUUGUGUGCAACUGCAACAACCAUUCAUUGACUUGUAAUAGUGGGACUGGUGUAUGUGAUGACUGUCGUGAUAAUACAGUAGGUGAUCACUGUGAAUUCUGCAGUCAAGGAUUUUAUGGUCGCCCGACAACGGGCACACCAGAUGACUGCCAGCCAUGUCCAUGCCCUCUCACAUCCCCUGAUGGUCAAUUCAGUACCACAUGUCGAUUGGAUGAUUCAGAUGUAGUCUGCACAGCGUGUGCAGUAGGGCACACAGGACAGCAGUGUGAAGAAUGUCUUUUUGGAUUUUAUGGUGAUCCUAAAGGUCAAAUGGGUAACGUAACAGGCUGUCAGCCAUGUGACUGCAACGGCAAUGUGGACAUCCAUGUAGCAGGCAACUGUAAUACAACUACCGGGAUAUGCAGCAAUUGUGAAAGAAACUCAACAGGUAGCCAGUGUGAGCAUUGUGAAGACAAUUAUUAUGGUGAUGCUAUAAUUGCCAAGAACUGCACAGCUUGUGACUGUGACAUUGAUGGAUCGUUGUCAUGGAUGCCUUGCAAUCGCACUACAGGACAGUGCCAUUGUCGUUCUUUUGUAUUGGGUCGCAGAUGCGACAUUUGUGCUACAAAUUACUGGAACAUAUCUUCAGGCGUUGGUUGCAUUGAGUGUGGAUGUGACCCUGAUGGGUCAUAUGGUCAUGGCUGUGAUAUGUUCAGUGGUCAAUGUGACUGUAAACCUGGUGUGGGUGGCAGACAGUGUGAUCGUUGCUUGCCUGGAUACUUCAAUUUUACAUCAUCUGGAUGCCAAGAAUGUGCUUGCUCCAGUUUGGGGUCACUUGGUGUGUCUUGCAAUCAGUUGACAGGACAAUGCAAUUGCUCAGAGGGUGCACAAGGGCUGAAGUGUGAUGUAUGUAAAGACUUCUUUUUCAAUACUACAGCUGGUUGUUUAGCGUGUGAUUGUAAUGAGCAUUCAACACAGUGCAACCCAACAACUGGAUUUUGUCUUCAUUGUCAACACAACACUAAGGGUGAUUAUUGUGACAGUUGUAUUUCUGGUUAUUAUGGUGAUGCAACUCAAGGAUCUGUGGAUGAUUGUAAACUCUGUCGAUGCCCUGGAUCUGAUCCAGCGACGUCCUUCAGCUCAACAUGUGAGUUGCGGUCUGAUGGUCAAGUCGAAUGCACUGCUUGUCAACGAGGUCACGGAGGAUUGCUUUGUGAUACUUGUACAGCUGGGUUUUAUGGAAAUCCCAUUGGAGGUCAGGGAUGCUCUGAUUGUACUUGCAAUGGGAACAUUGACCCUAGUGAUCCGGCAAGCUGUAACAGGACUACUGGUGAGUGCAUGAACUGUCUUAACAACACAGCAGGGCGGUCUUGUGAAAUAUGCUCUGAUGGAUACUACGGAAAUGCCACAACACAGAGCUGCAGGCCGUGUCAGUGUAACGUAAGUGGAAUUGUUCCUGUUGGAGGCUGUGACCAUACCAGUGGCCUGUGUUUCUGUAGACCGAAUAUUGACGGAGAUUUGUGUGAUAGUUGCUUAGAUAAUUACUAUAAUUUUAGAAACCUAGGUGGCUGCUUGCCAUGCAACUGCAACACAACAGGUUCACUGGUACUACAAUGUGAUCAGUUUAGUGGACAGUGUUCAUGCAAACCAGGCAUAACAGGAAGUAAAUGUGACCGUUGCUCUAUUGGUUACUUUUCUUUUAUGGAGAAAGGUUGUACUGCAUGUGAAUGCAAUCGUGAAGGCUCCUUAUCACUUCAGUGUGAUGAGAGUGGUCAGUGUUCUUGUCGUUUGGGUGUUAGCGGUCGCCGCUGUGACAUGUGUGCUGAGAAUUUUGCUGGCAAUGGAACUCACUGCUUUCCUUGUGGAGUGUGUUACAGUGACGUUCAAGCUGGUGUUGAAGAACUUCGCCAGCGAGUGAAGGCAAUACGAACACAGCUCACAGUCUUUGAAAAGAACAGACACAACGAGACAUUUCAAGUCCGUUUUGAAGAUGCAGAGAGAAGGGUGCGUCAACUGCAGAAUGAUUUGACCAGCAGCACUGCCAGGAUGGACAACUUGUGGGUGGACAUUAGACUUGCUGAGAAUAGAAUAGUUGCAUUGCAGAUGGAAGUAUCCUCAGCUUCCUCAUUGUCAAGAGAUGGUCAGAGGAUAGCAGUUACUGCUAGUACUCAGUCUCAGCAAGUUGAGGAAUUAUUGUCUAAUGUGGAAGCUGAUGUCACUGACGCACAUGUCACAUUGAGCAGAAAUAUUGAACCAAAGAGUCGAUCUAUAACAGGUGACUUUUCAAAUAUAACUGCAUUGGCUAGUAGAUCAGCUGAUUUAGCACAAGAAGCUUCUGAUCUAGUUGACCUCCAUAACAGUAAUUCAGACAUUGUGAAUAACACGGCUGCGCGAGUAGGUGCUGUGGCAUCAGAAGCAAAGUUGAAAGCUGAACAAGCAUGGAUGGAUCAACAGAAUGAUAAGCGGAGGAUUACUGACGUCGCAAUUAGUCUGUCAAACUUGAAUGAGGAAGUGGAAGAUACUAAGGCACAAGUUAUUUUGGCAGAAACUGAAGCUUUACAAGUAGAACAGACUGCUGCACAAGUGCUAGCUAACGCAAGCUUGCCACCUUCAAACCACACUCUCAUGGAUUUGAGGCGUCGCUUGAGCCAUACUGAUAACACAACCAAAUCACUUGCUGCUCAAACAGAGUCUCUUCAGUCAAUCUAUUCAUCAACUGUCACUGAAGUUGAACAGAAGCGCUCUGAAACAACAAAGGCUUUUAAUCAAGCCACAUCUCUUGGCUUAGAUGCUGAAAGCUUGAAACAGCAUGCAAAUAAUGCUUAUGGAAAGGCAUCAAAUGCAGUCAGCUCUGGAACUGCUACAUUGAAUGCAGCUAAAGAUAUGCUUGAUGUUCUUCAGAAUUUUAAUGAACGAAUUACAGAAACAUCAGCCCAGGCAGCCACUGCACUUGAGAAAGUAGAUGACAUACGAAUCGUAAGUGAGGCUGCCAGCAAACAAGCAAGGCAGGUUCUUUCUGACAACCAGCAAGCUCUUGUUGAUGCUCAAACAGCUGAGAAAUUGGCAGAAGAAGCAAAAUCAACAGCCGAAACAGCUGAACAAACAGCAACUGAUGUGAGAAGUAACUUCAAUCAAAUCAUUAUUACAGCUUCCACUCAAAGAAGUGAAGCUGCAGACGAAGUCAGGAAGGCAUCAAUGUUAAAUGCAUCUGCUGAAUCAGCUUUGCAGAGUUGUGCAGCUGAUAAGGCAACAGUAGAGAAGUUUGCAGACAAUGUUGAUACUGCAGUUAGCGAUCUGACUGCAUGUGAUCAACGCAUUGACGAGGGACAAGCCAAAGUCAAGCAGCUUCUAGAAGACAUCAUCAACUUAGACCAACUGGACAGUGAUCAAAUUAAUGUUCUCACAACCAGAAUUCAAGGUUUAAAGCAGCGACUACAAAAUCUGGAUCUUACAGCUGUAUUAGCGUCUCUGUCUGCUCAACUGAAGCUUCAACAGGUACUGGCAGCUGAUCAUGAAAGCGUAAUUACAAGUCUCAGACAAGAAGUUGACGAUGUGAAAGUUAUCUUUCAGAAUACCUGCACGUGAUGACAGUUAGAAUAUACUAAUUACUGUUGAUUUGUGACUGGGGACAUUGGUACUGAUUGAUCAAUCAGUGGUCUGCUAUUUUGUUAUCAUUUUGUAGGUGACUACAGAAUCAUUCUUCUGACUUCUUAUACUAUAGUAACUUGAAUGAUACAACAUACAGAAGUAUUUUAAACAUA